CCUCUGAAAGGCGCCCUACUUUUUUUUUUUUAAUAUACUUUUUUUUCCCUCCUUUAUUAAAAUAAUCAUAUAAUGACCAAGUAUAUCGUUGUCUCUGGUGGUGUUAUCUCCGGUAUCGGAAAGGGUGUAAUUGCCUCGAGCACCGGCACUCUUUUGAAGAGCUUGGGCUUGCGUGUGACAGCCAUCAAAAUCGAUCCCUAUUUGAACAUCGAUGCUGGUUUGAUGAGUCCUUUGGAUCACGGUGAGGUCUUUGUGUUGAACGACGGUGGCGAAGUCGAUCUUGAUCUGGGCAAUUAUGAACGUUUCUUGGAUGUUCAGUUGAGCCGUAUCAACAACAUUACCACGGGCAAAAUCUACAGUGAAGUGAUUGAGAAGGAACGUCGAGGUGAUUACCUUGGCAAGACAGUGCAAGUGGUGCCCCAUAUUACCGAUGCUAUCCAGAACUGGGUUGAACGUGUGGCAGCCAUGCCUGUGGACGAAUCCGGUGAAGCCCCUGAUGUUUGCAUUAUCGAAUUGGGUGGUACCGUCGGUGAUAUUGAAUCUGCUCCCUUUGUUGAAGCCAUGCGUCAGUUCCAGUUCCGUGUGGGUCAUGAAAACUUUUGUUUGAUUCACGUCUCCUUGGUUCCCGUGGUUGGAUCCGUUGGUGAACAAAAGACCAAGCCUACUCAGAUGAGCGUGCGUGAUCUUCGUGGUGCCGGUUUGACCCCUGAUUUGAUCGCUUGUCGUUCGUCCAAGCCUUUGGAUGACAGCGUCGCCAGCAAGAUUUCCAUGUUCUGUCACGUCGGUCCCGAGCAAGUGUUGGCCGUGCAAGAUGUGUCUUCAGUCUACCAUGUCCCUAUUUUGAUGCGUCAGCAUGGUGUGAUUGAUUUCUUCCGUCGUCGAUUGGGUCUUGAUGCUCUCAAUAUUCCUGAAGAACGUCGUUCGGCCGGUGAAGCGUUGUGGAAUCGAUGGACCUCUUUGGCCGGUAGCUACGAACAUUUGCGUGAAACUGUGACCAUUGCUUUGGUGGGCAAGUAUACCAAUCUUCACGAUUCUUACAUCUCGGUGUACAAGUCUUUGGAGCAUGCCAGUUUGGCUUGCGGCCGCAAAUCGGAGAUCAAGUGGAUUGAAGCCACCGAUUUGGAGCAGGAAGCGUUGAAGACCGAUCCUAUCAAGUUCCAUGAAUCCUGGCAGAGUUUGUGUUCGGCCGAUGGUGUGCUUGUGCCUGGUGGUUUCGGUGCCCGCGGUAUCGAAGGCAUGGUCAUGGCAGCCAAGUGGGCUCGUGAAAACAAGGUGCCUUAUUUGGGUAUCUGUUUGGGUAUGCAGAUCGCUGUUAUUGAAUUUGCUCGCAAUGUGUGUGGUAUGACCGACGCUCAUUCGGCGGAAAUGGAACCCGAAACCAAGACUCCUGUGGUGGUGUAUAUGCCUGAAAUCUCAAAGACCCAUUUGGGUGGUACUAUGCGUUUGGGUCUUCGUGCCACGGUCUUCCAAGACAACACAGAAAACUCGCGUGUGCGUAAAUUGUACGGUGGUGCUCCUUCGGUAGACGAACGUCAUCGUCAUCGUUAUGAAGUUAACCCUGAACACGUGUCCAAGUUUGAAGAGAAGGGUCUUCGUUUUGUCGGCAAAGACGAAACGGGCCAACGUAUGGAAAUCGUUGAAAUGGAGAAUCAUCCCUACUUUGUGGGCUGCCAGUAUCAUCCCGAAUACCUUACCCGUCCUCUGAAGCCGGCUCCUUUGUUCCACGGUCUUAUCCUGGCCGCCACUGGUCAGCUCGAAAGCACCUUGUAAAUACAUUUUUCCAAAACCCGAAAAUGAUAGAAUUUCUUGUUUUUCUUCUCUUUUUUAUUUCAUCUUUCCUUUAUUGCAUGUUCUCUUUUAUCACAAAUACAAAUUUCAAUAAACGCUGCAGAUAGCGCAUACAUUUUCUGAUCAUACGACGAAAAAAAGAAAAUUGCUUUAUCAUUGACAUUCUACCUUAAUGAACCAAUCAAAAACAUGGGUUUUU